UUUUCUUGGCAUUCAAGAAAAGGGUUUGCAAGAUUUUCCCUGGAAAGUGACAAUAGAUAGUUUUCUUACUCAAAGAAGCCAAAUAUGUGGACCCACAUUGAUAAGAAGUUCUCGACGCCGCCGCCAACUUGGAGAAAGCAAAGACCGCCGCCAUCUCCGAUGUCGGAAAGGAAGAGAAUGUCACCAAUGAAGGCCAAAGGUGAUCUCUUUCAUGUCAUUCACAAAGUGCCCGCUGGUGAUUCUCCUUAUGGAAAGGCUAAACAUAUUCAGUUGGUAGAGAAAGAUCCAAGCAGGGCAGUUUCAAUGUUCUGGGCUGCUAUAAAUGCUGGGGACCGAGUUGAUAGUGCUCUGAAAGACAUGGCAGUUGUGAUGAAACAAUUGAAUCGACCGGAUGAGGCAAUCGAGGCGAUCAAAUCUUUUCGUCAUCUCUGCCCUUAUGACUCUCAGGAGUCUCUUGACAAUGUUCUUAUCGAACUUUACAAAAGGUCUGGGAGAAUUGCAGAAGAGAUAGAAAUGCUUCAGUGCAAACUGAAAAAGAUAGAAGAAGGUAUAGCUUUUGGUGGAGCAAAGACAAAGUUGGCAAGAUCGCAGGGGAAGAAGAUUCAAAUAACUGUAGCACAAGAGAGAUCAAGAAUACUGGGGAACUUGGCGUGGGCUUAUUUGCAGCAAAAUAACUACGAACUUGCUGAACAGUAUUACAGAAAAGCACUGUCCCUAGAGGCAGACAAGAACAAGCAGUGCAAUCUUGCAAUCUGCUUGAUGCACAUGAACAGGAUGAUGGAAGCAAAAUCUCUGCUUCAGGCUGUAAAAGCUUCAGCUGGAAAUAAGCAAAUGGAUGAUUCAUAUGCUAAAUCUUUUGAUCGUGCUUUUCAGAUGCUGACUGAAUUACAGUCACCAUCAAUGUUAGAACGAAGUGAGAAGCUGCAUAAAAAGGACAAUGUGGAAAACCAAAGACCUUUUGGAUUGCCUACUGACAGAAACUCAAAUUUUGUUGCUGGCUUAACCUAUGGAGGUCCAAAUCAUGUAUCUACUAUCAAUGUCUCCAGAAGCAGGGCAGAUGGAUGUGAUGAAGAAAUGAUGCCAUUAAAUGAACAAGAUAGAAGAGCUUAUUGUCAAAAUCAGCAUGAGAAUAUGAACAGAGUCUUUGGAUAUGACAAAGGAAGUUUGAAAUGCGUGUCACCUGGACCAGCAGCAACUUCACAGAUUUCUCCACUCUCUGUGUUUGACAAUAAUUGGUGGAAAUAUUUGUAUCUCGAAAACCAAAGUGGAAGGUCUGGUUUUGCUGGUGCGAGGAAGGAACAUUGGGCUAGUUCACCUGGGAUAGGAGUAAGCUGUUUACGGCAGGAGACAGAUGCUUCCCCAUCCACUGUUAGAAGCAACUUUGAAGUUCCAUUUACACAACCACGAAGACCUUCAUGGGGACUUUCUGAUGGGCAACAGAGAAUGGAAAGAUGGGGAAAUGGUUGUGUGCCAUCCAAGCAAACUGAACUCACAGAUAAUGCUGUUGUAUAUACACAACCAAGAGUAUCAUCUUCACACAUGGGAGAUCAGAGAAGGGGAAAAUGGGAAGAGAAAGCAGUUGGCAGUUCUGUUUGCAAAUUAUUGUUUGAGCAAGCUGUAACCACCGAAAAUGUGUCCCAGAAUGUUAACAGAGAACAAUUGGUUUCAGCAAAUGAUAAAUCACUACAAGAGUCUGAAAAUGCUUUGCCUUCACCUACUAGUGAAGACUGGAGAAGGAAAUCACUGAAAGAUUUUGCUCAGGUGAAAAAUGAAGCAGCAGUACAAUCUCCUUCACAACCAAAGUCUUCUUGUUGGGGAAAUGAUGGGUUUGCUCAAACAAAAGAGGAUACUGUGGACCGAAGCUGGACAAGUACUUGGCAAAAAGGUGAUGAUAAUAAUACAGGUGGCUUAAAAUUUUUCUUUGGUGGUCAGACCUCUGAAAUGUUGGAUACUCUCCAUUUAUUAAUUUCUGAAAAACCCAAGUCACCACUGGAUGGCGUUACAGCUCAUGGUAAAAAGAGUUGGGCAGAUAUGGUCGAAGAAGAGGAAGAAGAAGAGUCAUUAUCUGAUAGAAUUUCAAGAGAGGGUUUGGAUGGUUGGACUAUGGAAGAAGAAGAAUUUAAUAAUGAAAAUAUCAACUCCAAUGUAAUUUAUCCGAGUUCUUGUCCACAGAAUCAGAUAGAGUACUUAAGCCAAAAGCUUGAAGACUCAAUUGAUUUACAGAAUGGAUAUCGUACAUCCAAGAGUGGUGUUGUUUCAUCAAAGAAUCAAACAGUGCGACGUUCCUUAUGUUUUGGUCAGUACCAGAGGUCAAACACAGGCUUGAACUCUGUGCCAGUAAAGGAUAAUGAUCUUAUGUCUGAGAAGAACAUUAAUAUGAAGACGAGAAGCAGAUUGCAGGUUUUCCGAGACAUAACUCCUUUUCCUGACAGUCCAUGAGCUUAAGCAGAAGUUGUUUAUAGUGAUCUUGGAGUGUUUAUUUGAAGAAUUUGAGUUUAAUGUAUAGUGUCUUUCACAUAUACUUAGCAGUUGAUUGUAUAUCUACUACACAAUUUAUGCAUCUACCAUAUAGAUUGUAUAUCUACUACACAAUUUAUGCAUAUACCGUAUAGAAUAUGUUGUAAAAAGGUUUGUGAUUGAUGAAAUGUCCAAUUGUGUU